UUCAUUCGGCCAUUCACGUUUUGAGGCACGGAUCUACAAAUAUUUACUAAACUAUCUCAACGGCUCAACGUCGAAUAAAGAAAUUCAAAUCGAAGAGAAAUCGCGACAAGGAAAGAGAAAAGUCAUGAUUAAUUCUGAUAACACUUUAUUCAUUACAAAAUACAGUACACAAAAACAACCAGAGGAACGCUUCCCAGUAGAGAACAGACGCCAUAUGCAAUCACGAGGAUACAAACAUUUAAAUUUACCAAACUCUCCACGAACAAUGCAACAUACGUACCAAUUGUUCUCUUUAUUCCUACACGUCCAAUUACAAAAAUAUAAAAACACAUAUCAACAAGGAACUCCAGUAUAAUUUCAUUCUAGCUGAUUGGUCAAUGGAUGGUCGCUGAAAACCGAGCACCCAUAGGUGUCUCUUCUAUCACAGCACUCUAUGGUGGAGACCUAACCUAGUUUCACGCACGUGUUUAGGGGAAAUUUGAAAUUCCACCUGACAGAAGAGCAACACAUCCACGCGCUCGAGGAACCAUGCGAAGAGGACAGUGAUAACAAGAAGUCUCAAAAAAGAACAAGAAACUACGGACAAUGUCUCGGAUCGCCGAUUCUAGAGAAAUUCUGGUCACCAGCGACAGCGUCGGCGAGCACUGGAGUGCCGCCGUGUGGGAUCCACGCACAGGAUCUGCUUUAUCCACGUACAAACACGCUGGCGCGUUGGCACACCGUACCCUCCAGCUGUUGAGCGACAGUUACAUAAUUGGCGCGGAUUCCGCAAAGCCCCGUAUACAUAUAUGGCCUUUGAAUAAUCCCAACCCGGUAUCUAACCUGCGAUUAGCAACACCUGGCAAGGUAAAUGCGUUGACCUGCACGCCUAAUGGCGCCUAUAUGGUGGCAGCGAUAUCAGAAAAGCUAUUCCUGUGGCAAGUAUGCAAUGGUCGCCUCCUGGGUCACUUGUCCCAUCAUUAUCAAUCGGUGAAUUGCCUGUCGUUCAGCACCGACGGCUCCAUCUUCGCCAGCGGCGCCGAAGACGGCCUUGUAUUCGUUUGGUCCCUCUUCCGCGUGAUAAACGAGGAACAACCCGCGCCGCUGCACGCUUUCUCUCAUCACUCGCUGCCGGUGAAGGAUCUACAGUUCGGACACUGCGGAGCUAGAGGCAGACUAUGCUCCGUGUCCCUCGACCGUACCUGCAACGUGUACGAACCGUGCAGCGGCACUUUGCUGCUCACUCUCGUGUUCGACGUGCCUUUAACCGCUGUUUGCUUGAACACGCGUGAAAGCGACCUGUUCGUCGGCUGCUCCGACGGAGACAUCUACAGGUUCAACCUCCACGAACCGCCUCGCGGCAUAGAGCACCACGUGCAGGUGCAGAGAGACGGAGACGACGGCGGCGUGGUCCUACGUAGACACAAGUCGAAGAUCCUCUCGAUGUCCACGUCGAUCGACGGACGUUACUUGGUCUCCGGCUGCGGGAACGGCGAGGUUCAUAUCUGGGACAUCGCCAGCCGUCAGGUUCUACGCUCGAUCGACCACAAGGGAUCGAUCACCGCGGCGUUCUUCGCGAAGUACUACGAGAACUUCCGAGUCACCGACCUUCAGCCGCGGCUCACGGUAGCCGGUCUGCAGAGGAUAUCGGACGACACCGACGGCAAGCAGAGUUUCGUCGAGGUGAUUAACCGGGACCAUUCCUUGACGGAUGUCCUGAGCUACGAGUCGUAUGCGGGGGAUGAUUCUGAGGGGUCAGGGGACAACGCCUCGCGGAAGCUGCUCGAAAUGAGGGAGGAGAUGGAACGACUGAAGAAGAUCAACGCGGCGAUUUAUCAGUACAGCGUGAAACAAAUUCUGGGGAAGGAUGAUCAAUGAGGCGGGCGCCGGAUGAGGAGUGGAUUGCUUCCGGUCGCCGCGCUUUUGUACUUUAUAUUUGAGCUGGAUAAAGAGUGUUCACUUGUCACCACGCGGAUGAGAAUUCACCUAAUCGAUAUUUCCUCUGUUUCUAAGCUGCCACAUUGACUGAUUACCUAUCGUCGUUUUUAAACGUUGUAAAUAAAGAAUAUUUGAU